CUUGCACGACACAGCAGCCCUACCUAAUAACCUCUGCACAUCUUGAGCACCUGGAACCGCCGUAAUCCUGGCUCAAUAUUUCUGGAAACCCACUCCCCCCUCGACACCCUCCCCGCCCCCGCCCACCAUGUCGCAACCCUCGCCAGCGCCAGGCCUCACGCCACAAUUCUGCUUCAACCAAACCGCCCUGCGAGACUUCCUCCGGAUCUCGCGCUCCACGAUCGACGACUCGAUCACCCAGAACCUAAACGCCCUGCUCACGCCGGCCCAACGCGGCUUCGAUCCCGCCUCGACGUCGACACGCCAGCUGGGUGCACCUGCGCGCUCGCUCACGCCCGCGCACUGCGACGAGUUCAAGACCCGCGUGCUGUUCCCCAGCUGGGCGGUGCGGUCAGAUGUGCUGGACUACUGCGCGGGUGUCGCCACCAGCCCGGACCCCGACGACCCGGACAGCGUGCUGAGGCAGAUUGAGGACUCGAAGGCGCGCGAGAGGGUGGUUGAUGAGCGGCUCGAUCCGUACUCUGCGCGCUACUUUCCGCAGGAGGCGCGGACGGAGAGUCUGGCGAUGCUGAUGCGGAAUGAGAGGGCGGUGGAGAAGAUUAUUCGGAUGAGGACGUGGGGAUUGAUUGCGGAGAGGUGUGGGAGUGAGAGUGCUGAUGCGGAUAAGGCGUUUGAGCAGUGGCGGAAGCAGCAGUGAUUACGGCGCUGAGGCAAUGACUGACAUGAUUGCGAGGUCGCGGCGUGAAUGGCUGUCAUAAGGUUGAGCACAAGCAUGCUGGCGUUGCGGGAGCAUAGCGUUUGACUUGUGUUGACAUUUUUCUUGUAAAUAUAUAUAAACAUACUCA